CGGAGUGAUUGUCUCGGCCGAUAGGUUUCGGGUUGCAGGUGUGGCAAUGUCGGACCCGAGGAACAACCGGUGGAAGUGGGAGGUGAGCGGCUUCGAGCCGCGGAAGUCGUCGUCGUCGUCGUCGUUCGACGCCGACGAUCAGCAGAGGCCGAACGCUCCUCUCGUCCGGCGGCACUCGAUCUCCGCCUCCUCGCUCUCGCAGCACGCGCUGGCCUCCAAGUUGCAGCGGCUCAAGGACAAUGUCCAGCUUGCGAGGCAGGAUUACUUGGAGUUGAGACAAGAGGCGAGUGAGCUGCAGGAGUAUUCCAACGCGAAGCUCGAUCGAGUCACGCGUUACCUGGGCGUUCUCGCCGAUAAGACGCGGAAACUAGAUCAAGCUGCCCUUGAAGGCGAGGCUAGGAUAGCGCCACUUGUUAGUGAGAAGAAGAAGUUGUUCAAUGACUUGUUGACAUCCAAAGGAAACAUAAAGGUAUUCUGUCGUUCAAGACCAUUAUUUGAAGAGGAAGGUCCCUCUGCUGUUGAAUUCCCUGAUGAUCUCACUAUCCGUGUCAACACUGGUGAUGAGACCAGUACGAACCCUAAGAAAGAUUAUGAAUUGGAUAGGGUAUAUGGACCUCAUGUUGGACAGGCUGAGAUAUUUAAUGAUGUUCAACCGUUGGUUCAAUCAGCUUUGGAUGGAUUUAACGUGUCAAUAUUUGCUUAUGGACAAAGUAACUCAGGAAAGACGCACACUAUGGAAGGAUCUAGCCAUGAUCGUGGUCUACAUGCUCGUUGUUUUGAGGAGCUCUUUGAUUUAGCGAAUUCAGAUGCAACUGCCACAUCUAGAUAUGAUUUUUCUGUCACAGUUUUUGAAAUCCACAAUGAACAGGUACGAGAUUUGGUGCGUGAAUCUGGAAGGAAUUCAUCGAAAAUCUGCAUGGGGUCUUCGGAAUUCUUUGUCGAACUUGCACAGGAAAAGGUGGACAAUCCAUUGGAUUUUUUGAAGGUCCUGAAAGAGGCAUUUCAAAGUCGAGGAAAUGAUGUUUUAAAGUUCAAUGUUUCUCACUUGAUUGUCACAAUCCAUAUAUCCUACAAUAACUUGAUUACUGGAGAAAACCUGUAUAGCAAGCUUUCUCUUGUUGAUUUGGCUGGAAGUGAAGGGCUGAAUGUGGAAGAUGGUAGUGGGGAGAGGGUGACAGAACUUCUACAUGUUAUGAAGUCACUUUCUGCGUUGGGGGAUGUUUUGUCUUCACUGUCGUCAAAGAAGGAUAUCGUUCCAUAUGAGAAUUCAACACUAACUAGAGUACUUGCUGAUUCACUAGGCGGAAGCUCCAAGACUCUGCUGAUUGUUAAUGUGUCUCCAGAUGCAUCAAAUGUAUUGGAGACGUCAUCAUCCCUUAAUUUUGCUUCAAGAGCACGAAAUGCUAUGCUAAGCCUUGGAAACAGAGAUACGAUAAAGAAAUGGCGGGACGUUGCAAAUGAUGCGAGGAAGGAGUUGUAUGAAAAAGAGAGAGAACUACAAGAUGUUAAACAAGAGGUUUUGGGGCUAAAACAAGCAUUGAAAGAUGCAAAUGAUCAAUGUGUCCUCCUUUUUAAUGAAGUUCAGAAGGCAUGGAAGGUCUCCUAUACUCUGCAGUCAGAUUUGAAGUCUGAGAACAUAAUGCUGGAAGAUAAGCAUAAGAUUGAGAAGGAGCAGAAUGCGCAGCUCAGGAAUCAACUUGCUCAACUGGCACAGCUGGAGCAGGAUCAGAAGCUGCGGAUACAGCAGCAAGAUUCAACUAUUCAGUCUUUGCAAGCCAAGAUAAGAAGUCUUGAGCAUCAAGCCCUUCAUUCAAGUGAAACUAAGUCAAAAUCUGGUGCAGAUUCAGGCCUUGAAGGACAAUCACUUCCGAAAGCUAUGAGUGAUACAAUGGAUUCUUCAAUAGUGACCAAGAAACUUGAAGAAGAGCUAAAAAAACGUGAUGCAUUAAUUGAGAGAUUGCAUGAGGAAAAUGAGAAACUGUUUGAUAGACUCACGGAAAAAGCGUCGUUGACCAGUUCACCCCAGAUAUCGAGUCCAUUAUCGCAAGGAACGGCAAAUAUGUCGUCUCGGACAAAUAACAACAAUGUUGGACGUACUCUGGAUGUUGUUCCUUCGCCAUUAACUGCUGAAAAGUCUGCCGGUUCAGUUGCUCUGGUCAAAACAAGUUCUGAGAAAGUUAAAACUACGCCAGCGGGAGAAUACCUGACUGCAGCAUUGAAUGACUUUGAUCCAGACCAGUAUGACAGUCUUGCCGCCAUUUCUGAUGGAGCAAACAAGCUUUUGAUGUUGGUUUUGGCUGCUGUCAUCAAGGCAGGUGCUUCCAGAGAGCAUGAGAUUCUUGCUGAAAUUAGAGAUGCCGUUUUUACGUUUAUUCGUAAAAUGGAACCGAAGAGAGUUAUGGAUACCAUGCUUGUCUCACGUGUCAGGAUAUUGUAUAUUCGGUCUUUGCUUGCUAGAUCACCAGAGCUGCAGUCUAUCAAGGUUUCGUCUGUUGAUUGCUUCUUAGAAAAAGCAAAUUCUGGACGGAGUAGAAGCUCUAGCCGAGGUAACAGCCCUGGGAGAUCACCUGUACGGUAUGUUGACGAGCAGAUCCAGGGCUUCAAAGUCAACAUAAAGCCUGAGAAAAAGUCUAAGUUUUCUUCAGUUGUCUUAAAGCUUCGAGGUAUCGAUCAGGAAACUUGGAGGCAACAUGUCACUGGAGGAAAACUUCGAGAAAUAACUGAAGAGGCUAAAAGCUUUUCUAUUGGAAAUAAGUCCCUUGCUGCCCUUUUUGUGCAUACUCCAGCUGGUGAGCUGCAGCGGCAGAUUAGAUCUUGGCUCGCAGAGAACUUUGAUUUCCUCUCUGUGACCGGAGAUGAUGCAAUGGGAGGAACAGCUGGUCAGUUGGAACUUCUCUCCACUGCGAUUAUGGACGGUUGGAUGGCUGGACUUGGCGCUGCUGUGCCUCCCAACACAGAUGCUCUCGGUCAGCUUCUAUCAGACUAUACUAAGAGAGUCUAUACUUCUCAAUUACAGCACCUGAAGGAUAUUGCUGGAACCUUGGCGACAGAAGAGGCAGAAGACUUGGCACAUGUAGCAAAGCUUCGUUCAGCUCUUGAAUCUGUUGAUCAUAAGAGAAGAAAGAUUUUGCAACAAAUGAGAAGUGAUGCGGUCCUAGUAACACUGGAAGGUGGUGGUUCACCCAUUCACAACCCUUCCACUGCUGCUGAAGAUGCAAGAUUAGCAUCUCUUAUUUCUCUUGAUGGCAUAUUGAAGCAAGUCAAGGAUAUAAUGAGACAAUCAUCCGUCAACACCUUGAGCAGAAGUAAGAAGGCAGCAAUGCUAGCAUCUCUGGAUGAACUUGCAGAGCGGAUGCCUUCCCUCCUUGACAUUGAUCAUCCUUGUGCCCAAAAACAAAUCUCUGAUGCCCGUAGUGCUGUCGAGUCAAUUCCUGAAGAAGAUGAGCAGGAACAGUCGCAUGCUUCCAGACCUGUAGAUUCGGGGCCUGGGAUAGACACGGAAGUGGCUCAGUGGAAUGUCCUGCAAUUCAACACAGGCUCAACGACUCCAUUCAUCAUCAAAUGUGGAGCCAACUCUAAAUCAGAGCUGGUUAUCAAAGCAGAUGCCCAUGUUCAGGAACCCAAAGGCGGUGAAAUCGUGAAGGUGGUUCCCCGGCCAUCUGUUCUGGAAAAUUUGAGCUUGGAGGAGAUGAAACAGCUCUUCUCCCAACUACCCGAGGCUCUAAGCUUGCUCGCCCUGGCCCGGACUGCAGACGGGACCCGUGCUCGGUACUCCAGGCUGUACAGGACCUUGGCCAUGAAGGUGCCAUCGCUUAGGGAUCUAGUGGUCGAGUUGGAGAAGGGCGGCGUGUUGAAGGAUGUGAGACCUUGAAACCAGUGUUCCCUUAUGUAUUCCACUGCCUCGCUGUAAGCUUGAUGGGGAGAUUUUUCUUCCGUUCACUUGUCCCUUCUUGGGGGUAGUAGCUUCUAUCAGUUUUCGGUGGGUUCUGAGUGGUGAGCAGAAGUGUGUAAGAAACUGUAGGUAUUGUAAUUUUGUCGAGAGCUGAGCUGAUGGCUUCUUCAAUGUAAAGAUGAGAUUAUUGUAUAGCUCGAUUCUUGGGGGAUCGGUUGGAGCGAUAAUUAUGUGGCCUUAGCAGCUGUUGCAUAGUA